GAACCGGACACAGAAAUGUCUUCUGCUGCAUGAAAACACUCGGGAGCGACCAGUCACUUGUCAAGUCUCGAUUUUCCCCUUAAAUGUAGACUUGAGGCCUACUACAAGGUUAAUUAUUUCCUAGAUGAAUGUCGAGGAAAAUUUUAAGGCACGAAUACAUAACUUCCAUCCACAUAGAGAUGAGGUGCAAAUAAAACUUUAAGUGUACAGUGAACGGGUGUUGUGAUAAACCAUGACUGCAGAUGAUAAAUCUGAUGGCUCAGGCUCUUCAAAUGGGUCUGCAGCAAGCAUCGGAGCUAUUGAAAAGAUCUUUGCUAGAGAAAAUAACGUACGAGCUCGAGUUGGCCUCUAUAUGAAAGAUGGAGUAAAACUUAGAGCAGACUUUCAUGCCCUCUAUAGAGCUCUUCCUGACUUAAGGAAGAAAAAAGAUCGCCGUAAAGUUAGAAGGAAAGCCAAAUCUAACAGACAUCAUAAGGAUAAAAAGAAAAAGGGAGAAGUUGCUGGUGGAAGCAAUACGUGCAGCAGCCUAAUCCCAGUUCUAGAACUUCCUGGAAAUCCUUCAUCAUUUGCUGUAUAUGCUCAUGUGCGAGGACUUGUUCUUGAGAAUGCUGCGCGACAGGCCCAAGGAGUUUACCUGGCCACAACUCAGCCUCUUCCAUCAGACUCUGAUACCGAUGAUGAUGGAGAAAAAGGGAGAGAACUCACAAUGCAGAUACCAAAAAUGGUUGGAUUGGGGUUAGUGAGUGUAUAUGAGUUGAUACGGGGCUCGGUGUCUGCUUAUCCUGCUCUUUGUAUUCGUGCGCUUGAGGCCCUCUUAGAUAUUCUUCAGGGGCAACAGCCAGAAGCUUUGCGCAGUGAACCUCCAGAGGUCAUUGAUGCAUUGUUUAGUUUGCUGUUACGGCUGGCUACAGCAAGUAAUGGAGAUGUCUUGACAUGCCCUUCCUCCCCUUUAGUGGGUGUGGCAUGUGCUUGUCUCCUUUCCCUAGUAGUAGCACGAGGUGAAACAGGAAAAUUCCUGAGAGCGACAGCAGACAUCCUUAUGACCUCUCGUCAGCUUGCCAGUCAGAGUAUUCAGGUACCAGUGAUUUUGACAUUCCUUCAGCGUAGUGUUCACGCAGUACUGCUGGGCAAAACUUCUCGUCCUGACUGGCUGAUAUGUGGAGUGCCAAAAUCUGCAUUAAUUGACAAAUUCUCUGUUAAAAUCAUGACAGAUGGAGAGGAGUCUAAGGAAGACAGUACAAUGACCUGUGAUGGUCAUUACCUCUAUAUUCACAAUGCUCAUGGACUUUUCAAGAUUGGCUCUGGCUUUGGUGGAACAAUGAAAGGUCAUGUUUAUAUCCAUCGACCAGACUUUUAUCCAAAGCAAAAAGGAUGGCUUGGUUUUGCUCAUGGUGAUGUGUUUUACCGGCCAGAAGGAAGUAAUGGUGAAUUAGUUGUUAUAGAUCGUGAGGUGUUAAAGGUCUCAGAAGUGUACCAGUGUUCAGCUCCAGGAUGGUCUCGAGGGUUACCAUUUAGUGAUGGUAUUAACAUCGGGCACAUCUCUCCUGACAGAGAAGAUGGUUUUGUGGUCAGGACUUACAAUCCUCUUGUGAAGCCUAUGCCUCUUGUAAAUGAGCUGAGUCUCAACUUGGCUAUUAAAUGUAUACAGAUUUUGGGUGGGCCUGAACAACACUCAACAUUGUCUGCAGGACUAGAUGAAGACAUAGUCACAGUGGCUGCUGGCAAGGAUUUUACUCUUGUGAGGACUCUUGGUGGCCGAAUAUAUUAUAAUGGAAAGGCUUCUUCAGUUGGGAUGAAACAAGGUAGUAGUGGUGGCGGUGGUGGUAACAGCGGUGCUGCAAGUGGCAAUAGUGGUGCAUGUCCUCUAGGCACUAGUUAUGGUGGUGGUGGUGGUAGUGGUAGCCAAGCUGCUACUGCUCUUAAUGCCCCUACCACAAGUAAUAUGCCAAGUGGAAGGUGGCCAGAGCUCACCAUUACAAAAUCUCCACGUAUUGUGCAUUUAGCAGUUGGGCAUGAAGGACAGCAUGCAGUGCUUAUUUCAGAUGAUGGAGCUGCAUUUUUUGUUGGAACUGCACGACGAGGAGAAGAUGGAGAUGCCAGUAAAGGUCGCCGACAGCCUAAACCAGUGAAACCUAAAAAGAUGAUCAAGUUGGAUGGACAGUUUGUUGUGAGCGGUGCAUGUAAUAAUGGAACAUCUGCACUAGUGACUCGUGAUGGAGAACUCUACAUGUUUGGCAAGGAUACCUCACAUUGUGAUAGCUCUACAGGACUAGUUACAGACCUUCGUGAUGUUCAUGUCAGUGCUGUAUCACUUGGCAAAGCUCAUGCUCUGGCUUUAACCAACAAAGGUCAAGUCUUCAGCUUUGGCAUUAAUAAUAAGGGCCAGUGUGGAAGGGACUUCGUACCCCAAGUUAAGGAAGGAACAGGCAUGUCAAUGUCUGUAGGACCAGCAGGAGAGGAAGAAGUGGAUGAUGAAGAUGGUGUUGAGAGUGAGGAAGGAGGUGAAAGUGGGAUGUGUCCUCCAGGACGUCAUCGAUGGGUUCGUGACCACUGCCUUGUGUGCACUGUAUGUCAUGAGUGUACAGGCUAUGGAGCUGCUUGUGUAUCUAGUGGAAGGCCUGACCGUAACUCUGGACAGCCUUGCGGUUGUGGAUCUGGUGACUCAGGUUGUGCCGAGUGUGGAUGCUGUAGAGCAUGUGCAGACGAGAUUGAAGGGGAUAGCGAUCAGGAUCCUUUCUCUCUAAUGCAAGGACAGCACUCAGGACUUUUUGGGUUCCCAGAAGUUGGGAAUCUUGGAGGAAAUAUCUUUGGGAGAGCUUGUGGACGUUUACAAGAUCAGCUACAACGGAGGCUUGAUGAGAGACGUCAUCGACCACGACACAGGCACUCCAGAUAUGCGCCUACACUUGCCAGAAAAGGGCUAGGUGGCCAAGCCUCGGCCAUGGACGGUCACACGGGUAACUUGGGUCAGUUUGAGGCCCGGUUGCUGCGCCUCCUGGCCCCAUCUUCCAACCCUCCUGCUGUGGCUGGUACUGGUAGUCGUGCCCCUGCUGCAGCAAGCCCCGAUCCUGCUGGCCUAGGUGUCCCCGCUGCCCUUGAUCCUCUUGCUACCAGUAACAUCUUAGUAGCAGAAGAUGGAAUUGGGAGUGACCAGGAGAGAGAUGCAAGCAAGAUUGCUGCGCUGUCUCCAGCAAGGGUCCACUUGACUGGCUCCUCACCUGUGAUACAAGUUACCUGUGGCCUUCAUCAUUCUGUUGUUUUGUGUGCCAACGGAGAGACGUACACAUGGGGGAGCAAUAGCUAUGGUCAGCUUGGAGUCGGGGAUCUGAUUUCACGGGGAUCUCCAGUCAUGAUUCGCUUGCCUCCUAAUGUACGUGUGACACAAGUGGCUGCAGGAAGCAAUCAUACAGUUUUCUUAACUUCAAAUGGACAAAUUUACAGUUGUGGAGAUUUUCAGAAAGGUCAACUUGGUCGAGGUGCCCCUCAGAGUGAUGCCGGGGAAGGCAGUAGUCGUGGCCGUUGCCCCUGGUACUCUGUGCCUGGCCUGGUUCCUGGCAUUGGACCAAGACUUGGAUGUCGAGCAACAUGGAUUGGUGUAUCUGCUGAUGUCACUUACGUUAAGCUAGAUCAAAGUCUCAUCAAUGCUCAUAAUCUUAGUGCUGCUGCUGUUGUUGCCAACAGCAAUUGUUUAGUAUUGUUACCAGUUGGUGGAAAAAAGGAGGAGGAAGAAGGAUGGAAAUGUCUAGUUAUUAGCCGAUCUGAUGGGCAGUGUCGCAGCUUUUCCACUCAAGACCAGAUAUGCUUCACUGGGCACACCAUAUGCCUUGAUCCUGUGUAUAAUGUGCUGUGGAGCUAUGACAACUGUUGUCAAGAUGUGCACUGUUACAAUAUAGUGGCAGCAGAGGCCCAGAGGCUGACGAAUGGCGGACUCCAGGAUGGUCUUAGAGAUCUUCUCUCACCAGAAUUAUCUCUUCCUAUAUUACCCGAGUACCAAGUUUCUCGGGCACAGGUUGCACUUCAUAUGUUGUCCUGCAUUGAUACUGUUACAUGGGCUCACGAACAUGGCUUAACUGUAGUAGAGGAUGAUCCACAGACAAUUGCUACAGUACGGGUUUAUACUAGAGAGGAUUUCACACCUGUUAAUAGAUUUGAAAGUCAUGGAGGUGGUUGGGGAUACUCUGGUCACUCAAUAGAAGCAAUUCGGUUUAUGUGUGACACAGACAUUCUUAUUGGUGGCUUUGGACUUUUUGGAGGAAGGGGCGAAUACAUGGGCAAGAUCAAGUUAUUUGAACUUGGUGCUGAGGGCGGGGACCAGGAGACUGAUGGAGAGUUAUUAGCAGAGACAGAAGAGAUGCCUUAUGAGUGUGGUGCUCGCCAAAAGUUUCCCAUGCUCUUUGAUGAACCAGUCCCAUUACAGGCUAAUAAAUGGUAUGUGGCAUGGGCUCGUGUGAGUGGGCCAAGCAGUGACUGUGGUUCAUCAGGGCAGAGUAUGGUCACCACAGAAGAUCAGGUUAUUUUCUACUUCAAAUCAUCCAAAAAAUCUAAUAAUGGGACAGAUGUCAAUGCUGGACAGAUUCCUCAGCUUCUUUAUCGUAUUAUGGCACAUGAGGGACCAGUGACUCCUAGACCAGUGCAUGAGUCUACAGAAGCCAUUCCAAUACUCUCCAAAAGCUUUUUUAUGAGUGUGAGAAAUGAUGUUUUCCAGUCACUGCUAGACUUGCUUGGCUGGGCUUGGAGUACUUUAAGAUCUUGUGUGGGGGAACAAGUGAGUCAUGUAGGAAGCACUGGAGCAAGUCCAACAGUAGCCAUGUUGGAUCUUCAACGCCUCGUUUACAUUUGUUGUGCUUGUUUGCGUCUUCUGAGAAUAUAUAUUAAUGAGGUCUACCCCAAUUCAGUGCGAACAUUAAGGAGUAAUGGUGAAAAAGGCUGCCUUGCAGAGAGUGUUGCAGAUGUACGUGGACUCCUUCGUCAGAUGCUGUCUGACCCAAUACCUUCUCUCUAUCCUUCACGCAAAGGCAAAAUGCGUAAUGGAAGAGAUACAGGACCACUGACACGAAUGGUAGUGUCUGUACUAGAUGAAUGUCACAAGACCUUUGUGUCUUGCUUUCAUGCAUUUUAUCCCACGGGACAACUGAAGUGGGCUUGCCUCUGUGAUCUUCUGCAGUCCAGAGAUGUGGUAACUAAAGGAAUGGAAGAGACCCGUGAUAGUGAUCGUCUCUUAAGUGCUGUGUUGGCCUCAUUAUGUUCUCCUACUGUCAAGCUGCGUGCAACCUGCCCCAUCCUGACAGAUCCUGAUGCAGAGGUUGCUCACCGACCAUCACCAGCUGAUAAUGCUGCUCUAUCAACACUUCAGCCAGGAGAUUUGUAUCGUUACCCAUUACUUGUGGAGCACAUGACAUACAAAACACAUCAGGUAGAUAAUGGAGUAGGAGUUGUAUGGACAUUUCGUGAAGUAUUGGAUCGACUGCUUGGAGUAGCAUGUGGCAGCGUUAGACAAGCUUUGAGAGGGGAGCGGGUCACUCCUCUGCCAGCUCUAGUUCAUAAUACCUGCCUCCUCAUGGCUGCUACUGUAGCAGAACUCUCAGCAGAAACAAAUUCUGCAGAGGGAGAAGUACCUGCAGGUGGCAGAGUUCUUCACAUCACCCCGUCAAGGUUUACCCGUACCUCACAGAGCCGCACCUGGAAUACAGGGAAUGGCUCACCAGAUGCUAUAUGUUUUGCUGUUGACAGGCCUGGCAUUGUUAUAGCUGGGGUUUGUGUGUAUGGAGGUGUAGGUACAUAUGAUUAUGAAGUUGAGGUUAUGGAUGAGAGUGGAGGAGGAGGCCAAGAUCCUUCACAUACACUAGAGAGGUGGAAUGUUAUGGAGAUGGCAAGAGGAACAUUUGGACCAGACGACUCUGUAGCGGAUAUUGUUGAAAUAAAAUUUGAGCGUCCAGUUCCAAUAAAGGAAGGUGUAAAAUAUGCAAUACGGUUAUGCAAUCAUGGAGGAAGAACAAGUAACGGUGAUGGAGGUCUAGCAUCUGUCAAAGGCCCAGAUGGUACUGCAUUUACAUUUUCUGCUUGUAGUCUUUCUGUAAAUGGAACUAAUCAUAUACGUGGCCAAAUACCUCAUAUCAUGUAUUAUAGUACUCCUCAAGAUCCAGAAAGCCAGCGAAGCACAAGAGAAAUAGCUGAGCAACAAGCCCGCAAGUCUGCUUUGGCCAUGGCUGGAAGCAUUGUCCGUGUAGCCACAGAACUGAUGAUCAUGGGCCUUGGGGUUGGAGAUGAAACUGCUGUUGAAGUGUUAGGCAGUGCUCCUCUCUUGACCAUGCUGCUGCCUCUUGUUCUCUCCCAUAUUGGACCUGUGGCCACCUCAGAUCCUCGGAGUGCUGUCACUGUUCUGGGUUUGAUUCAAGAGAUCUUACCACAUGUUGCUGCACUGAAUAAUCUUAGUUUAGUAACUCAGCAAACUGCUGUACCCGAGGCAAUGGAGGACUGUCAUACCACCACCAGUCAUCAUUAUGCUUGGAUGGAAAGUGACCAUCCAUAUCGUCCUGCGUCUGUUGCUAAUUAUCGUGUAACUUUUCCUGCUGCUGUGCAGUGGAUGACACUGGAAUUUGACCCCCAGUGUGGUACAGCCCAGCCUGAGGACUCAUUACAGGUUUACAUUCCAAGUUUGAGCAGCAAGAAUCUUGGAGGGUCAAGCCUCAGUAGCUUAGGAUUUUCUGAAGUGCAAGAUCGCAACACACAGGUUUAUGUCAGUCAAGAUGGUGUUCCUCUUCCUCCCUAUUGGGCUGUGCUCAAUAAAUUCUCUGGUACUCAGAACUGGCCAGAGCAGACUGUUAUUUUACCAGGUCAUGAAGUACUAUUCUCUCUAGAAACUGCUUCUGAUUAUGUAAAGGAUGAUAGAGCCAAUACGUAUGGAUUUCGAGUAUUGAUUGUUGGCUAUGAAUGGCCUCCAACUCCACCUGACUCCUUAAGACACUUGGAAAAGGAGCUUUCAUAUUUGGGAGGACUGUGUGCUGCAUCAUUAAUCAAAAAAGAUCUCUGCUUGCCACCUAUUGCAGGUGAUGACCUUGAUGAAGACAUGGAACUAGUAGAAGACCUGGCAUUGCAAGUGUAUCAAGCACACCCAACCUUACUUAGUAAGGGCUUUGCUCUUUCUCAUCCCCCAACCAUACAUCAAACUUUGGAUGGUGUCAUUCCAUUCAGCUGUCAUUCAAAUGAGCGUUUGUUUCUGCGUGAUUUUGUGUCAUGUGCGGGAGGCACCAGUGGCGGACGACUUGCUCGAUGGCUGCAACCAGAUUCCUAUGUUGAUGUUCGAGCAUGUGAAGUUUUGUAUAGCAGAGAUGACAUGAGGGCAGGGUGGCCUGCCAUUGUCACUAUUCUCACCAGGGAUCAGUACAGUGAGGUGGUUCAUGUUCCAUCUCUCAAGGUGGAAGUUGUAGCAGUUCCUGUAAACACAGGUGAGGAAGGAAAUCAAGGCAAAUUAAGAAGAAUAAGUCAGCAUGUGCCUGAUAAUAUGACAUUUGGUGGGCACCCUCAGCCCUCCUUGGAUGUACCAUAUCAGGUGUCCAUUAAAGACAAGAUGUGCUACUGUGCAAUCACUAUGAUCAAGGCGUAUGAUAAUUACUCUUUCGAAGAACUUCGCUAUAUGUCACCUGCCAUCCGUCGUCCAACAGAAAAUAUGCUUGUGCGAAGUAACAAUGAUGGAACAUAUUCAUGUAAUUGGACACCUGGAGCAACUGGAUGGUACUCUUUGCAUGUUACAAUUGAUGGCUACCAACUAGAGGAGACAUAUAAAAUGGAGGUCAAGGAACCUCCCCAAGGUGUUACUCCUCCUGUGCAAAGCACCAUACGAAGAUCCUCACAGCAGCCCUCUCGUCUCCGUAAAUUUGUGCUACAAAAUAGUGCUGGUUUGCGUAUUCGAACUCAUCCAUCUCUUCAGAGCGAACAAAUUGGCAUUGUUCAUGUUAAUGGGACUAUUGCAUUUGUAGAUGAGGUCCACAAUAGUGAUGGUGUUUGGUUACGAUUGAGCCCAGAAAGUAUACGCCAGUAUUGCACUAAUGGAUAUUCCGAAGCUUGGUGUCUGCAGUACAAUCAGCAUUUGGGCAAGACACUUCUAGUACCACUAGAUCAUCCUAAAACUAUUCUAGACCAGGUGAUCACUGACACUAUAAGUCGACGCCGUGAUGGAAGCCCUCGUCGGGAAACCUCAUUAGGUGCUGAUGGUGCUGAGGGUGCAAGUGGUGGUGCAGGAAUGUACACUGUCGUAAAAUGUGGAGCUUCAGGGCAUAACAUUCGAAGCCAGCCAAAUCUGAAAGCACCACCAGUUGGAAUGCUUGUUCUGGGAAAUGUUAUUUCAGCAGAUUGUGAUGCUAAAAAUGCAGAUGGCACAUGGGUUCGCUUGGAUUCUGAGAGCACACGCAAAUAUUGCUUCACUGACGGGGAGGCUUGGUCUCUUGCUAUGUCUCGAGGUCAUACACUUUACCUUCAACGUUCUCAUAGCCACAGUCAUCCCUACUUGUCAUCCAUGCCUGAUACAAAUAAUGUGGCUGGUCAUCAGGGAUUUGACUUCACCCAUGCUCAAACUAGCCCUGUGUUUCGACCAUUCCAACAACCUGCUGUCAGUGGUGACCCCUUUGUCUUUGGUGCAUUAACUAGAGGACGAGGGGAUGGAAGCAGCAGUGCUGGCAUUCAAAUGCCUGUUACAGGGGGAGACUCUAGCAGUCCACAGAAAUCCUCUCUUCAGUUUGUUGAUGCAAACACUAUAACGGAUGAAUCCGAGGCUACUGGUAUUACAAUGAAACAGCAACAGGAUUCGUCACAACAUCCAGGGAAAUUCUCCGUUCUUCAUCGAUGGCUUAAGGAAGAGCAGCAUAAGCACAAUCCUCCUCAUGCUCCUCUUGUUCAGCAGCAGCAGCAAGCACAACAGCAACAACAACCGCAACCACCACAGAUGCAAGUUCUACAACACCCUCAAGUGCAGCAUACCCAACAGCACACUCAGACAUAUGAUAAAAAAAUAGAGAAAAAGCAAUCACAGCAGUUGGCCGUAAGCUUGUCACGUGAUGUUCCUCCUGAACUACAAGGUGUGUCUGUGAAAGAAUUAGUCAAAGCUAUUGGCGAGUCUCGUGCUAAUGGAAAUGGAGCUACUCCACCUCGCACUCCACCUGCAACACCAAAGCGAUUGUCACGCUCCUCUAGUCCAAGAGCAAUUGGAGUUGGGUCCUCUGGAAGUGCUGGGGUUAUUCAAGGAUCCGGAACAUCUCCACGUCAGAUAUCAAGAUCUUCCAGUCCAGUGCCCAUUCCAGGACGUGGCAGAGAAAGUGCAAGCAGUUCACCGUUGCACAGCUCACCACGUGCGACUGGCAUAUCACCAUUAGUAUCAGGUGCUGGUGCAGGAGGAGACAGGGCAGCAGGGAGUCCUCCAUCAGCUAUUCGCAGUGCAAAUGACUCUCUUAGUGACACAAGUGCUUUUGUCUCCAGUUUAACACAAGAUAUGUCUCAUUCCCCAAGUGUUUCCUCUUUACCAACUUCAACACCAAGCACUCCAAGAAGGGAACCAUUAAGCACCAGUCCAAAAACUGUAACUCAAACGGCAACACAGACCAGUCCUGAAGGAAUCAAGUUUAACAUUGGUUCAACAGGUUCUCGGGAUGAAAACCUCCGACUGUCACCCAAAAUGGCACGCAAGGAUCGAUCUGGAAAGCCGCAUAGAGGAAAACGUGAUCAUGCUGUAUCUCCCGCUUCUUCUCAGCGAGAAAAACCUGGACCUAAUCGUGAUAAAGUGAAAGAAGCCAUGAGCCCUUCUGUGGCAGAAUGCUUACGAGCAAUUUUUGCUGCGUUCCUUUGGCAUGAAGGAAUUGUUCAUGAUGCUAUGGCUUGUGCCUCUUACAUGAAAUUCCAUCCAGAUUUAACAAAACAAGGAACUUUUCACUGGAAACCUCGAACAGCAACAGCAGCAAAAUCAGAAAAGCUAACCAAGGAACAGAAAGCCCGACAAAGACAUUCAGUUGAAGUAAGCACUUACAGUUAUUUAAAUAAUGUGACUCUCCAGAACACAGAUGAUCUUCUAAAGCCGGGAAAAAAUGCAAAUAUUAAUGAGGUACCACGUGUUAGUGACACUAGUGAUGAUGAGGCAGCUGGUAGAACUGGAGUUUAUGUUCAGGGACCUCAAGGUCAGAAACUGGCAACAGUAAUGGAAGGAGGCACAGGUCCAGAUCCUCCAGAUUUACCUCCAGUUCUUCGUCAUGUGGUUCUCUUGUGGGAAGAACUUACAUCUAGCUGUCUAAAAGCUGUUGCCCAACAGAUUAUACUUCCUUCACCUACUAUUCCUGCACGUUUAAAAAAAUCUGAUAAAAUUAAAGAAAAAAGUGACAGAGAAAAGAAAAAGCAUAAAAAGAAAUCAUCUUCAAGUGGCAUUCCAAUGUUUGGUAUUGAUCCUGGUGAUGGGGAAGAUGAAGACGGUGUGUGUGAACUUUGUGGUAGUAAAGUUUCUCCUGAAGGUAUUGAACAGCAUUUUCGAACAUUACACCAAGGUUGUGGUGGGUCAUCAAAAGGUUGUGGUUAUGUUGGAACACAUUGGAAAGUCUUCCCUACCAAAGAUCGUGUAACUCAACCAUGUGGUGAGGUGGUCCGAGGAUGUUUCCACAUGUGCUGGAGUUGCCGUAAUAGACACAAAGGCCAAUAUAGUCAGUUUUCUGGUAGCAAAAUUAGUAAUGGUCGAACGAAAAGAAAAUCAAAUAGUAAAUUACUUUCGCCUCUUCCUCAGCUUGAUGCACACGUGAUAAUGAGAAACAAUGCAAUGUUUUUGUUAGAUUUAGCAAGUGCAGCAGCAGCAGCAAUCCCAUGUCGCAGUCAUGUUCCAAGAAGAUCUCCUUGUACAAUGCCAUCAGUAUCACUGAGCCCAGAUAACAGUCCUUUCCCAAAGGUAGCAUUCCAGUGUUUGCACACUCUCAACUGUCAGCAGCAGCAUCUGAACCAGCUAAGAGAGGAUCUCUUACUUCACCACAAUUUCCAUGCAGCAGAUAACAAUGACUAUCGCAGCAGUUCUGCUGAAUCACGUGACAAUAACCAUAGAGAGCACUCGCCUUUCUCACCCCAAGGGGCUUCACACCAAGAAUCUCCUGCAUCUGAUACAGAGAUGCCUCGAGGCCGUCCAUUCCAUCGUUCUAUCUCGGUCACAGUGGGCACCUCAGGACAAGACUGGAGCUCUGCGGCUGCAUCUGCAUCAGCCUCUCAAGUUGAACAUGAUCAUAAGGCUACUGUUAUUCUCAGGAAACGCAACAAUAGUAGUGGCGAAAAUGCAGUUGAUAGUGGUGGUAGCUCCUUAUUGGUACACCCCUCAGCUGCGCUGGAACGUUUGGCUGGCUGUAUCGAAAGAGGAGGUGGACCAGCUGGUGAUCCAGGCGGGCGAGCACGUCAGGUCAUUAUCAGACCUAUCAUGGCUUUUAUUUUCCAGAAUCAUGACCUGGAAACUCUUGCAUUUGCAAUGAGACAUGCAACUCGGAAAGCAGCUGCAAGAGUAUAUGCCAUGCAGGCUCUAAACUGGUUGCUUCGAAGUGUAACUCAGCCAACUUGUCUGCAUGACCUUUUGUGGUGCUUUGUUGCUGCUCUUACACCUUCCAAUCCUCCCAUUCAGCCUCCUUCAGAUGACCACAAUCCACAAGACCAUCCUCAUCUAAGAGACAAGUCUCAUGAUUUGGAUGGUGAUAUGGUAGUUCUGGAACAUCCUUUGAGUGACGUAACUCUUGCUGGUGAUGCAGUCCACCCUUUGCCUCGGACAUUUCACCAGUUACUGCAGACAGUUGCAGAUCUCAUGAUGCUACUUCCUCCUGGCUCACCAUUGCAAAUGAUGGCUGUCAGAUGCUGGGGCCUUCGAUUUACUCCGACAGAUCAUGAUUUCCUUCAUCAAAGUCAUGUCUUUUCCAACAUUUCUAAGAUCCUUUCUCGAUCUGAAGAGGUAUUGGGAGCUGGAGAGGAAGGUGUUACCUCCAUGUAUGAAAGUCACGGACCGGUAACGAGUAUAGUUGAGUGCCUACAAGACCUAAUGAGUGAGUGUGAGAUCCGAGCGUCAAGCAGGCAAGCAAUGGUCCCAUCUCUGACUGACUCCUCCACGGAAACAUUCUGGGAAUCUGGUGAUGAAGACCGUAACAAGACGAAAGCUCUGACCAUCACCUGCCCAUCAUCUGUUCGGCCACAGACAGUUUAUGUUCAUAUUGACAAUUGUAGAGAUCUUGGGAAUAAAGUAUCUAGUGUUGUCUUCAAGUGUGGUGGAGCCAGUGAUGAUAUGGUGAUAGUAAAAAAAGUGGAUGUGGAAAGCAGGUUCACUGGCUGGAUUCAUGCUGUACUUCCAAGUGAUUUAAUUUCCACCAUUGUCAUUGAAAUACGAGGGCCUGACCAAAGUGUUCGAGUGAGGCAAGUCAGGGCUCUUGGCACUGGUGAUGGUGAAGGAGGAAUGAGUUCACGACCUCUACGUCAGCAUUCUCCUCUAACUAUACAGCAUCGUGCCUGUGAACAGGAAACACUUAAAGUGUUCAGGCUUAUUACAGGACAGGUAUUUGGCCGCCUCAUAAUAACUGCAGAAAGUGGAAACAGAGGAGGAGAAGCAGGAGAUGUAUGUGCAGGACACAUAGAAACUGGAGAGGAACAGGAACGCAACAAUGAUCUUCGAGAACAUAUGGUUGGCAUUCUGUUUUCAAGAUCUAAACUUACACAUCUUCAAAAACAGGUUUGUGCACAUAUAGUGCAGGCUAUACGCAAAGAAACUGUAAGGGCCCGAGAAGAAUGGGAAGCCGGACUAAGCUGUGGAGGACUAGGCACUCCGGCUACACCUGAAGAAGGGCAAAAUAAUCCCCCUGACACUUACUGCUUUGAGAUGCUGUCCAUGGUCCUGGCUCUCAGUGGCUCAGCAGUAGGACGCGCACAUCUAGCCCAACAGGAUCGUUUACUGAGGCACCUUCUCUCGCUGCUGCACACUGGCUCUGCACGUGUGCAAAGACAAGUUGUAGCCUUGUUUCGGCGUAUGUUGGCUGAUGUGCCUCCACAGUCUCUUGCUCUCAUUGUGGGUGUUGAUGUUCUUCCUGCUCAAGAUUAUGCUAUUCUUCAUGCUGCUACAAAGGAUGAUGAAAGCACAUUUGAUAUUCAUAAACAGGGUAUUCUUGAUGUAUUCCUGGCUGUGAUUGCCAAGGCACUAACAGUUCAACUUAAGACAAAGGGUAGUGAAGGAAGUAAAUCAGUAAUGUCCCAAGGCAAAGGUGGAGUGACAUCAGUGACACUUGCUACAACUAUGCCCACACCUACAGCCAGUUCCCCUCGCUGGUGGCUUCAAGGCUCGGCUACACAAAAGCAGGCCGAUCUAAUUAUUAGCUUAAUUAGAGAUAUGACAAUGGGUAAACUCUCAGAUGCAUGGGCUAAAGUAAGUAAAGCAGCAAUAGCAGAAAACAUCAUCAAUCUGACUCGGUUAAAUGAAGGUGACCGAUCAUGUGCAGCUACUUGUCUGGCAACACCAACCCUAUGGUUAGCUCUAGCUUCACUGUGUGUUCUUCACCCUGAUCAUGUUGAUGCUUUGUCUUCACAACACUGGCAAGCAACUACCACUUCUGGUGACCCUCAUAAUCCUGAGCCUAGGCCAACAUGUGAAAAUCAUGAUGAUGGAGAAACCCCAGCAAUGAUCCUUUGUGAAGAAUGUGGGAGCAAUCUGUGUGGCGAAUGUGACCGCAUUCUUCAUCUACAUCGUCGUACUAGGCUUCACCAUCGUACAGUCUUCAGACAGGAACAGGAAGCUAUUAAGGUUGACCUUCAUGAGGGAUGUGGUCGAACAAAGUUAUUCUGGCUGCUGGCUCUGGCAGAUUCUACCACAUUAAAAGCCAUGCUAGAGCUUCGUGGAGAGAAUCAACAAUCACGGGGAGCUGUGGCUACGUCAGCAUGCCGUUUUUGUGGUGCUCCGGCUCAACCUUCUCUACUUUCACCAGCACCAGUUUGUCAAGAUCAAGACUGCCAGGAAUAUAAUCGUGAAGCUUGUGUUCGCACCCAUGAUUGCGGCCACCUGUGUGGAGGCCUAAAAGGCGAGUCUUCAUGUUUGCCGUGCUUACAUGGUUGUUCGAAUACUCCUUCUCUGAAACAGGAUGCUGAUGAUAUGUGUAUGAUAUGCUUCUCCGAGGCACUCUCUGCUGCUCCUGCCAUUCAGUUAGAGUGUGGUCAUGUAUUCCAUGCUCAUUGUUGCCGCACAGUGUUGACAAGACGUUGGCCUGGGCCUCGCAUAACUUUCACAUUUUCUUUGUGUCCCAUUUGCAAGGUACGUGUGACUCAUGGAGUCCUUGCAGAACUGUUGGGCCCAAUUUCAGCUCUGUACGAAGAUGUUCGCCGCAAGGCUUUGAUGAGGCUCGAAUAUGAGGGUCUCCAUCGAGCAGAAGCAAUAUCUACACCAGGUGCUCGCUACUACAACAACCCUGCAGCUUAUGCUAUGGAUCGUUAUGCUUAUUAUGUGUGUUUCAAAUGUAACAAGGCAUACUAUGGUGGUGAAGCUCGCUGUGAUGUUGAAGCUGGCCUUGGCGACGAGUAUGAUCCUCGAGAACUGGUGUGCGGGGCGUGCUCUGAUGUGUCUCGGGCACAGAUGUGCCCAAAGCAUGGAACAGACUUCUUAGAAUAUAAAUGUCGUUACUGCUGCUCAGUAGCAGUCUUCUUUUGUUUUGGCACUACCCACUUUUGUAAUGCUUGCCAUGAUGACUUCCAGAGGGUCACAAACAUCCCUAAGGCUGAGUUACCACACUGUCCUGCAGGUCCGCGAGCUCAACAGUUGGAAGGUGAGGAGUGUCCGCUCCAUGUCCAGCAUCCGCCCACUGGAGAAGAGUUUGCUCUUGGUUGCGGAGUGUGUCGGAAUGCUCAUACAUUUUAAUUUACCUCAAAGCUAAAUAGAUUUGUAUCAUGACAUUGGGAGUGUGAAUGUGUAUGUAUAUGUAUGUAUGUGUGUAUUUCAUAUCUCUCUCUCUCUAUAUAUAUAUAUAUAAUAUAGUGUGUGUGUAUGUGUAUAUGCAUGGUGCGCACACACACGUGCACACACAUGUACACACACAUGCAUGCACAUAUACACGUGCACACACACAUGCACGCACAUACACAUGCACACACAUGUGCACACGCACACACUCACACACGCACUCACACACAUGCACUCACACACACGCACUCUCACACACGCACUCUCACACACGCACUCUCACACACGCACUCUCACACACGCACUCUCACACACGCACUCUCACACAUGCACUCUCACACACGCACUCUCACACAUGCACUCUCACACACGCACUCUCACACAUGCACUCACACACGCGCACUCUCACACAUGCACUCACACACGCGCACUCUCACACAUGCACUCACACACGCACUCACGCACACGCACACACACACACACGUGCACACACACAUGUGUGCGCACGCACACACACACACACACACACACACACACACACACACAGUGAACCCUUUCAUUAAUAGAUUAAGAGGUGGGGAAGGGGUGUACAAUAUUCCUGAUGGUUCAGUACUUCCAAAUUAUACAGUUAGUUUUUCACAAUUGUCCAGUUGUUUCCUGAACUAGCAUAAUCAGUCUGCUGAUGCAGAAGACAACCAGACAACUGUAGUACUAUGGUACAUUACUGAAUAGUCAUUUUUUAGUACUGCACAUAAUAUACAGUAAUUUUACUUUUUUACAGUGGAGAGAUGGUGUAAACUGCUGUGAUUGAUUGUGGUGACUUGGAAUAACUUUUAUUCUGAUUCAGAGAAGCUGUGAAGCUCCACUAGCUUCUACAUUAAAACCCUUUACCAGGCCUGGAGAGGAGUAAUGACCCUUCUCCACUCCUGGUAAAGGGGUAAUUACCCUUUCCGAGGCCUGGUAAAACCUAAGAGCACAGUCUGUAAGUUUGUACUUGCUUCUACAGAUAUCACACACUGUUUCUUAACACCAUAUUCCUCGCAUACCUGUGCCAAUAAAACACCAGGCUCGACCUUCUUUAUUAGUUGAAGAUUUUACUUAACACCUUCUGUGUCAGAAGCCCUGAAAUUAUAAGUGCUGAAAAUGUCAGCAUCUUAAAAAAAAAAUCUGAAAUGGUAGAAAAUCUCUUUCUGAACAUAAUGACACCAAAAAUACAAAAUUUGAUGGAAUAUUUACAGAAUUACUCAGAUGCAAAGCUAGUGGUCUGGGCACAAUUUACACAUCAGUGCUUUUAUCCAAUUGGAGCCCUCUUUUAAACCAAUUCUAUUGCUCAAAUCACCCAAAUUCUUAGCUAUUUUGCUAGUAUAUGUAUACUUCCCAUUUUAUUGAUUGAGCACAAGAAACUACCCAUUCAAUUUUAAGAGCUACCCAAUAAAUUGCAUAAAAUUCUAUAAUUAGGCCAGUUUUACACAAAAUUAAAAAUAAUCCAGUUUAAAAGCAGAGUCCAAAAUAAACACUAGAUUUUUCAGGCACUAAAACAUUUCCUCUGUUAAUUAUUCACACACUCAGGCCUUUCCUGUAUUACACUUGCCUUCCAUUUUGAUUUUUUUUUUUAUUAGCACACUGGCCCGAAAAAGAAAAUCUUUCACCAUCAUUCACUCCAUACAAAAAAAAAAAAAAUUCUUUCUCUGAUUAAUAAAAUAUAAACAGGAAUGAUUGGUCAUGGUUUACAGCAUCCCAAUAAUAAUAAUAAUAAUAAUAAUGAAACUUAGCAAAACUCUAAAAAAUAAACCAGAGGGUAUAGGGAAGGCAUUACUUCUUUCUUUCUUUCAUUCAACACACCGGCCGUAUCCCACCGAGGCAGGGUGGCCAAAAAAGAAAAACAAAAGUUUCUCUUUUAAAUUUAGUAAUUUAUACGGGAGAAGGGGUUACUAUCCCCUUGCUCCCGGCAUUUUAGUCGCCUCUUACAACAUGCAUGGCUUACAGAGGAAGAAUUCUGUUCCACUUUCCCAUGGAGAUAAGAGGAAAUAAACAAGAACUAGAAAGAAAAUAGAAGAAAACCCAGAGGGGUGUGUGUAUAUAUAUGCUUGUACAUGUAUGUGUAGUGUGACCCAAGUGUAAGUAGUAGCAGCAAGGCGUACCUGAAAUCUUGCAUGUUUAUGAGACAGAAAAAAGGACACCAGCAAUCCUACCAUCAUUUAAAACAAGUACAGGCUUUCAUUUUACACUCGGCAGGAUGGUAGUACCUCCCUGGGUGGUUGCUGUCUACCAACCUGCUACCUAAUUGUCCUUAGAAAAAUCAUCAGAAAUUUAAUAUUUCAAUUACUCGGAGCUCGAUUUCAAGCUACUGGUCUUGAAACCAACAAAAAUUGGUUCUGUUUUAAUAAUACAUUCCAUUCUUUCAAAUGAUAUGAAGAAACAGCCAGUAAAACUAAAAAAACAUCCUGGAAUACAUUCCAUUCUUUCAAAUGAUAUGGAGAAACAGCCAAUAAAACUAAAAAACAUCCUGAAAAGCACCUCAAAGUCACCAUUUUAAGCCAAACACAAGGUCAGAGGUUUGCUUUUCCCCAUCAUGUAUUGCAUGGGUUAGGAUUUUGUUUAAUACUGUGCACACUCACUGCAUAGACUCAUUCUCUCAUGUCUAGGCCAAAAUUUACCACUCACAGCUUAUUUGAGGGUGCUAAGUUCAAAACAGAUCUACACAAGUGGCCUUGGUGUCAGUAAUGUUGAUCUUAUGUACAAGACGGAGAAAGGGUUAACAAUGAAAACUACACAUUUCCUCAUGGCACCAUCACAUGCUUUAGAAGCCUUUGUUAAUUGCACUUUACUUAGUAUGUUAAUAAAAUAAGGUCACAUAAAUCUCUAAAUCCAGGGAAAUAUUAGAGGCAAUGAAGAGUGUAUGCGUAGGUGAGCUCAGACAAUUAACUGGCACAUUUGGCAUAUGGCUAAGGAAACAAUAAAAACAGACAGGUCCUGGACAUGACCAUACUGGCCUGUACCAAAUAAAUGUUGGAGUCAUUGAAUUUGGUCUGUUACUUCGGAAGACAACCAGGCACAGGCACUAUGCACAAAAUCCCAAAUUAUGGACAUCUAUUCAUUUUGUAUGAUACUUUCAAUUUUUUGUCUGAAAUUGCAGAAAUCUGCUAAUGAGAGGCUUUACUGUACAUACGUAUUCAUACAUGCAUACACAUUUUGACAGUAUUUUUAUGUACUGUAUAUUAUUGCAUUAUUUAGGUUUUUUAAUUAUUAAAUUAAUUUUAAAGCUUUGGGGAACAGUUUUACAAAAUUGCUGAAAGGUAAGAAAAUAUGCAUUGUUUUGAUUUUUUUUUUUUUUUUUUUGUUUAAUGAAGUUACUUUUUAGAUUAUUUUGAAAAUAUUUUUCAAUCUAUCUGCAUUAUAAAUGAGUAAUAUGUACUUAAUUUCAAGUAUGUUAUUUCCAUGUCAGACUGUUGAUCAAAGAAGUUUUUAAAAGGUGUAUAUAUAUCUCAAAAUAGCUAAUAAAGUUUCUAUACUGCUCAAUAUUUAGUAGGAUAAAAGCGCAUUUGAUUUCAAUUGUACUGCUGUACGUGUUUUCUUAUGAGAAUAAAAAUACAGUAUU